GAAUCUCACACUCUCUCUCUCUCUUUUCUUCUCUCUCAUGGCGGAGGACUACAUGAAGGGCUCUAUGCGCAAGCUGGCCCUCUGGUACACCCGGACCUUCAAACCCAUUAUGACCCACGACGAGUUGGAGCCCAUCAUGGCCACCUUGGGGUUCGUGGGUCGGCCGGCGGCGGCGACGGUGCCGAACUCGGCGGUCAUGUGGAAGGAGUACGUGUUCUGCGCCGCCGGUGGGUGGAGGAGCAAGUGGGGUGCGGCGAAUGAGACGCCGUUGCUGCCGAGGCCGAGACUGCCGUACCCGAGAAUCGAUGGGCUCCACAUCUACUCAUACCGGGCUUUCCUCGAGGCCGUUAAUUUCUACCUCGAGAUGUGUGACAUCUCCGAUCUCUUCCAUAUUAGAGGAAUGCCACUCCAUGAUCUCCAUCGAAUUAAAGACCGAAACAGGAAGUGGCGAAAAAUGGAAGAAGAUGACAGUGUGUUUGUCUACAGAGAAGGAACUCUGGAUCAAGCAACAUUCAAUCUAUAUCACUCUCCCAAGACCAUCAGCAAUAACACCCUUAAUAACAGCAAUGGCGGUGAUGACCACAAUUCAAUCGUUAUCCGGGAGAAAGGCAAUAGCACCCCAACAAGCUGCAUUGUUCCUUUGAAAGAUAUCAUAGUAUGA